UCAAGAGUAGAGAGAAGAGAAGGAAAACAAGAGCAGAGAGUUGAAUCAAUCUUCACUACAAGAUGGCUCAAAAUCCAAACUAUGUUUGCAACAAUUGUAGAAUUCCUAUUGUCAGGGAAGCCGAUGCGCUAGUUCUUGAUGAACAGCUUUUCAUUCACAGCCCAGGCACGGUCAUAAGGAUGGCAAAUCAAACGGUUGGACCCUUAAGGGUUGACGAAACUGUCUACCAGUUUCAUUGCCCGGUUAGGAAGGUGAAUGUCAAGAAUGUGGCUCUCAUUUGUAGAUGUGAUGAGUAUGUCGGAAUCUUUUACUACCAUGGAGAUGCAUCAAAGACCGAUCCACGGCAGCAUAUUUAUCACAUGGACGUGUAUGACCGUUUACUUUAUGUUGAUAAGGUGAAGUUGGCCCCUUGAGUUACCGCUAAAUCCACAAGCCCACCAAGACAGAAAAAGUAUUGAGAGAACUGGUAGUUUCUUAGUUACAAAACUUCGUUAUCUUCAAUUUAAGUUUUUAAUUUGAUGUAAUGGCAUGAUGACUUUAAUUUGGCACUAGU